AUGGAAAACGACGAUAAGCUGAUCAUAGCCGCCUCGGCCAAGCAUCCGAUUGUCCCUCUCGAGAAGGGUCAACUGUACAAAUAUGGCACCGCCGGAUUCCGGAUGAAGGCUGACCUGCUCGAGGGCGUCACCUUCCGUGUGGGCCUGCUCGCCUCGCUGCGGAGCCGGAAGCUUAACAGCCAGGCAAUCGGCGUCAUGAUCACGGCCAGCCACAAUCCGGCUGCCGACAACGGCGUCAAGAUUGUCGACCCCAUGGGCGAGAUGCUCGAGCAGGAUUGGGAGCGCUAUGCUACCGCCCUGGUGAACGCCGCCAGCGACGAGGAGCUAGUCAAUAUCUACCACAAGCUGGCCGCUGACCUCAAGAUCGACCUCAAGACUCCAGCUAAGGUCAUCUACGGUCGUGAUACUCGGCCUUCAGGCCACAAGCUGGUCACGGCCCUUGCCGAUGCCCUCGAGGCGACCAACACCGACCAUGUCGACUACAAGCUGCUUACCACCCCGCAGUUGCACUAUCUCGUACGCGCCACCAACAGUGAGGGCACGCCGCUGUCAUAUGGCAAGGUUAGCGAGGCAGGAUAUUACGAAAAGCUCGCCGAAGCGUUUGUUCUCGCAAUGAAGGGCCGGAAAAUCGAGGGGACACUUCAGGUGGACUGCGCCAACGGCGUCGGAGGCCCCAAGCUGUCGGAAUUCCUGAAAUACAUCCCCAAGGACAAGGUCAACUUUGACGUCAAGGUGGUGAACGAUGAUGUUCUCCGCCCAGAAGUUCUCAAUCUUGAUUGCGGCGCGGACUUUGUCAAGACGAAGCAGAGGGCUCCUCCCAGCCCUAAACCUCAGCCCGGCCUCAGGUGCUGCUCUCUGGACGGUGACGCUGACCGGCUUAUUUACUACUGGGUUGACCCAGACAGCGGCUUCGUCAUGCUUGACGGUGAUCGCAUCUCGUCCCUUGCUGCCUCCUUCAUCGGCGACCUAGUUGAGAGGGCCGGCCUCAAGGACGACCUCCGCAUCGGUGUCGUCCAGACCGCCUACGCCAAUGGCGCCAGCACAAACUACAUCUCGCAGCACCUCAAGCUGCCCGUCAUCUGCACCCCGACCGGCGUCAAGCACCUCCACCAUGUCGCUCAGGGAUUCGACAUUGGAGUCUACUUCGAGGCCAACGGUCACGGUACGGUGCUCUUCUCUCCCGACGCACUCAACGCCUUCAAGAAUACAGAGCCGCAGUCGCCCGCUCAGAAGGAUGCUCUCGACACGCUAGCGGCCCUGGGCGCGCUGAUCAACCAGACGGUGGGCGACGCCAUCUCGGAUAUGCUCAUGGUGGAGGUGAUACUCGCGCACAAAAAGUGGACGCUGCGUGACUGGGCCAUGACGUACGCGGAUUUGCCUAACCGCCUGGUGCGUGUCGAGGUGGGCAACAAGGACCUGUUCCGCACGACCGACGCCGAACGCCGCCUGUCGCAUCCCGUUGGCGCACAGGAUGAGAUUGACCAAGCCGUCAAGAAGUACAAGGACGCCCGAGCCUUCGCCCGCGCCAGCGGCACCGAGAAUGCCUGCCGCGUCUACGCCGAGGCCGCCACCCGCUCCGAGGCCAACGAACUGGCCGAGCGCGUGGCACGCAUCAUCGAGCGUUAUGGUUCCCCCUAG